AUGUCCUGUGACGAACAAAAACAAACGGUGGUUGAAUCCGAAAUUCAACUGGAAAAGUCUGCGUACUCCGGCCAUACUGAAGUAAAGUACGAUCAAGCUGAAAAAAUCGCUAAUGUUGAACGGUUUGAAGGUAUAGAUUUCGAUGCGGAGUUUGAAAAGCUUGAAGCGCUCCAAGUUGCUGCUGUUAAUGCUCCACGCACAUGGUGGGACCAUCUCGUGUUUGGUACAAAUAAAGAGAUCAUAUUCAAAAACAGAAGACAUAUGACUUGGAUGUUAGGAUUCUUUGCUAGUAUGGGUGGUAUGCUUUCUGGUGUUGACCAAUCUUUGAUUUCCGGGGCAAAUGUGAGUUUAGUUCCAGAUCUAAGCUUGACAGAUCAUGAGCAAUCACUUGUUAGCUCCCUUGUGCCUGUCGGAGCUAUUUUGGGCUCUCUUAUUGUUUCUCCUCUUAAUCAAAAAAUUGGGAGAAGAAUUUGUAUUAUGGUGGCUUGCAUUAUGUAUACCAUUGGUGGCUUGCUUUGUGCUUUCACUCCUAACGUACAUGGAUUGUAUGCAGGUAGAAUAUUCAUUGGUGUCGGUAUUGGUUUAGAAUCAGUUAUUCCAGCUUAUGUUGGUGAGUGUGCUCCUGCUGAUAUUAGAGGGAACUUGGUUUCUCUUUAUCAAUUCAAUAUCGCUCUUGGUGAAGUUUUUGGGUACGCCAUCGCUGCUAUUUUUUACGAAGUACAUGAUGCUUGGAGAUUUAUUUUAGGUAGUUCAUUGGUCUUCUCUACACUUUUGUUCAUCGGUAUGAUUUUCCUUCCAGAAAGUCCUCGUUAUUUGGUCGUGACUAGGGAAAAAGUUGGUCAUGGCUGGAGAAUAUGGAAGAUCCUUCGUGAUGUUGAUGAUAUUCAUAACAAGAUGGAAUUCCUUGAUAUGUUACAAAGUGCAGAGCAAGCUAAAUUGGAUGAUGGUACAAAGAAACGUUUUGAAGUUCUCGAUUUUAUCAAAAAUGCAAGAGCAAGACGUUCCAUUAUUUAUGCCAACAUUAUUAUCUUCUUAGGUCAAUUUACUGGUAUUAAUGGUUUAUUAUACUACCUUUCUACGGUUAUGCAUGCAAUUGGGUUUGAUACCAAAAAUAGUGUGUUUAUGUCUCUUGUCGGCGGUGGCUCACUUUUAAUCGGUACCAUUCCAGCAAUCUUGUGGAUGGAUAAAUGUGGGAGACGUUUCUGGGCAAACUUUUGUUUACCUUGGUUCUUCAUCGGCUUGGUUCUUGUGGGUAUCGGAUACCUAUUGCCAACUACCACCGCUGCCUCUAAAGGCUUAUACUUAACCGGUGUGAUUCUUUACAUGAUCUUCUUUGGUUCAUAUUCCACAUUAACAUGGGUUACUCCAGCAGAAGUUUUCCCAACUUACUUAAGAAGUUACGGUACUACCAUUACCUCAACAAUGUUAUACUUGUGGAGUUUUAUCAUCACUUACAACUUCAGCUCAAUGUUUGAUAAGAUGACAAAAACUGGUUUAACUCUUGGUUUUUACGGUGGGAUUGCCGUUCUCGGUUUCAUUUAUCAAAUCAUGUUUGUUGUUGAAACAAAAGGAAAAUCUUUGGAAGAAGUUGACGAUGUUUUUAGUAAACCAACAAGUUUCAUUAUCAAACAAAACUUGAGAAGUACAAGAGAGGAUGUCAGAGAUAUCUUAUCUGGAAAUUUCAAGAAUGUCAUGUACGGAAAAAACGUACAUUAUUAA